AUGGGAGUUCUACUGAGAAAGAUCCACUCUUUCCUAAGCAUUCCUGUCAUCUCCAGCGUGUUGCUCUACCAUCGCCUCCAUCCUGAGGAAGUCAACUUCCACCUCUACCUACUCCCCAGCGACUGCACCAUUGAGAAGGAACUGGAGCUCUGCUAUCGAAGCCCUGGGAAACCCCAGCUCUUCUCUGAGUUCUACGUUGAUCAUUUGGGGUCGGGGAUCCGACUGCAGAUUAAAAGCAAAAAUGAUGCGACUGUGGUAUGGGAGGCCUUGGUGAAAUCAGGAGACCUCAGACCUGCAGCUACCCUGGUCUCUCAAGCUCCAACAGCCUCACCUUCACCUCCAGAUGCCCCAAACUUGCUGCACUUUGUGGAUCAACAUCGGGCACAGCUGGUGGCUCGAGUGACAUCGGUGGAUGCAGUCCUAGACAAGCUGCAUGGACAGGUGCUGAGCGAGGAGCAGUAUGAGAGGGUGCGGGCUGAGCCCACCAAUCCAGACAAGAUGAGGAAGCUGUUCAGCUUCAGCAAGUCCUGGGCCUGGGCCUGCAAAGAUCAACUCUACCAAGCCCUGAAGGAGACCCAUCCUCACCUAAUUGUGGAUCUCGGGGAGAAGUGAUGCAGUGGAGGAGCUAAUGACAAGCUCGGCAGCUGAAGUCUGAACACCUGCUUCUGAGUCCUGGCUCUGACUGUCCAGGCUUUGAGUCUAGGUUUCUUCAAGUCUAAACAAAUUGCCAUUGCCCAGCCAGAGUGGCACAGUUGGUUGAGUAUCGUCUUGUGCACUGAAGAGUUGUUGGUUCGAAUCCUG